AUGGCACGUCAAAGAGGUCUUUCAAAUGCCUCUUCCACUUCCUCGCUCCCCGACCAGGAACUGGGGAGCAUGUAUGAUUACCUCGCCAAAGUCAUCCUCCUGGGACCAAGUGGUGCUGGAAAGUCUUGUGUACUACACCGCUUCGUGAAAGAUGAAUGGCGAGUACUCUCCUCCCAGACCAUCGGUGUGGAAUUCGCCUCACGCAUCGUGAAACUCGGCACGGGCUCGCGCCGGAGACGCAUCAAACUCCAACUCUGGGAUACAGCAGGCACAGAGCGCUUUCGAUCCGUUUCAAGAUCAUACUAUCGUGGCGCAGCAGGCGCAAUCCUCAUCUACGAUGUCGCUUCCUAUGCUUCCUUCGCCUCCCUACCGACCUUCCUCAUGGACGCCCGCGCCCUCGCUUCCCCGAACCUAUCUGUCAUCCUAGCUGGGAAUAAAGCCGACUUGACCUCCGAGGCCCAGUCGGAUUUCGAAGACUCCCGCCCACCUCCGACCCCAUCCAGUACUUCCAGCAAACAGUCAUCUAUCCCUUGGGAUGUGAAUGGGUCGAUUCGCUCGACCAGCCUGAUGGGGACGGGGACUAGGUUGACUGCUACGCGUGCCUCGGAAGGCAGAGAGGUUAGCUCCGAGGAGACAUCCCAGUGGGCUGCUAAGUCGAAUAUACCCGUCGCUGUGGAGAUCUCGGCUCUGACGGGGAUGGCGUGGAAGAAGUCUUUAAUCGCCUGGCGCAUCGAGCUCGGGGAGAUCGACCCCGAUGACCCGCAGAGUGGGAUCCAGUACGGGGAUGGAGGUCUAUAUGGUGGCAGCGACGCUUCGAGCAUCAGAAGUCGGGCGACGGACGAUAAUUCAAUGCCCCUUCAACGCAGGACUUCCCGUCGAAAGGGCAAAGCUCCUGGCACAUCUUGGAAAAGCGGAAUGAGGGAAUGGGAGGAUGUUUUCCGCUUGGGUUCUGGAAGUCGCCCAAAUCAAGGGUGCUGUUAG